AUGGACCAAGCCUCCCCAGACACACCCCUCCUCGGUUCACCAAGCAGUCCCAAGAAGAAACCAGGUCUCAACGCCUCUCUAAUUCUUGACCCUUCUUCUCCUGCUUCCCCUCCCUCAGAAACCGAGUAUUACCUCACCGUCGAAGAUUCCGAUAGCAACGAUGAUGAUGAUGACGACAACAACGACAACUCCUCCGACACCAACACCAGCAGACCCACCAAAAGAUAUGGAAUGAGCGCCUCCCUGGUGAUGCUCACCCGCCUCCUGCUUUUCGUUCUCAUCCUCUCCAACCUCAUCACCUGGUCCGUCGUCGGAUGGCUCAGCAAAAACCCCUUUGUGAUUCUUAGUUACAUUGAGCUGGUGUUCAUGUUGAUGCGAGAGGAGAACAACAACCGGCCUGCCAGUAGUGGCAGUAAUCUUGAUGACUUAAGGAUUCCUCGGAUCUCGCUGGUGGUUGGAGACUGGUCUUGCGAGUUGGGCGGUAAGGAGUUGUUUGCUGGGUUUGGAGGGUUUGGUGGCAAGAAGUGGGCGUGGGCGUGGGUGGGUGAUGAUGUGUGCGCCUUCUACACUGCUCUCUGGUGGGACAUGGAUGAUUGGACAGCUCCCCUCAUCAUUGGAUACGUCGUCGGAGGUUUCCAGCUUCUUGCCGUCGUCCUCGACCAGGUCAAGCCGCUUGGCCGAAGAACCACCAUCGAAGUCGCCUUCCACGGUGUCGGGCCCGUGCGAAAGGAUCGCUACAUCCAACUCCCUGUUGAUGCCGAGGCGGCCGUUCCGCCGAUGUCCAUCACUGUGUAA